AUGAUGAAAUGCUACAAAGUUUGAGGCAACGGUGUUGAUUAUGUACAGCGAUGUCAUUGGUUUCACGUUGCUAUCAGUCUUAUGUUUGGUGUUAGUUUUGUGAGUUCGUUUUUAUAGAUGUCCAACAUUUUAUAUUAUUACUUAUGAUCUAAUAGUAAGAGUGCGCAUUUUUGCGCACGACUGAACCUCGCGAACAACCUGUGUACUCUGCGCGGUAGAUCACUUUUGUUUAUAACGUGAUGUAGUGAAGCGGAUGCAUCGAAAAUGAUGUCACUAACAGUUAAAAACAAAACAGCUACAUUUACAUAAAUGACAGCCUAUAAGUUGUUGUCUCUUGCAUUCUUCCGUCCCAUAGUAAUUUAUGAAUGAAUUCCUCUUGAAGCUUCUCAUUCCUUGAAGAUGGCUGAUGCUUGCAGCUCUGAACCUGCAGGAACUAUCAAGGCCAUUGACAAGCACUCAGUGCACCAGAUCUGCUCAGGACAGGUGGUGCUGAGUUUGGCCACUGCUGUCAAAGAACUGGUGGAAAACAGCAUUGAUGCAGGAGCCACCAACAUUGAUGUGAAGCUGAAGGAGUGUGGAGCUGAACAAGUGGAUGUGUCAGACAAUGGCAAAGGUGUAGAGGAGGCCAACUUUGAAGGAUUGACAUUGAAGCAUCACACGUCAAAGCUAAAGGAUUUCUCUGAUCUCAUCCACGUGGAAACAUUUGGUUUUAGAGGUGAAGCCCUCAGCUCUUUAUGUGCUUUGAGUGACCUGAGUGUGGUGACAUGCCAUGAGUCCAGCCAGGUGGGCACCAAACUGGUGUUUGACAACAAAGGUCACCUGGUGCAACAGUCUCCUCAUCCACGUCAGCAAGGCACCACAGUCAGCCUGCAGCAGCUCUUCCAUACCCUGCCUGUUCGACACAAGGAGUUCCAACGUAAUAUAAAGAAGGAGUACAGCAAAAUGAUACAUGUCCUGCAGUCCUACUGUAUCAUCGCUACUGGAGUGCGUAUUACCUGCUCCAACCAAAAUGGGCAGGGAAAACGCAGCACAGUCCUCAGCACCAGUGGCAGCCAGAAUAUGAGAGACAACAUAGGGGCCAUAUUUGGACCAAAGCAGCUACAGAGUCUUCUGUCUUUUCAACAAGUGCCCCCUACAGAAAAUAUUAUUGAGGAAUAUGGACUCAAGGAUGCAGAUCUUCCCAAAGAGCUUUUUACCAUCACAGGAUUUGUGUCACGAGGAGACCACAGUGUUGGGAGAAGCACCACAGACAGACAGUUCUUUUUCAUUAACAACCGACCAUGUGAUCCUCUUAAGGUGACCAAACUUGUGAAUGAAGUGUAUCAUAUGUAUAACAGACAUCAGUAUCCAUUUGUUGCCUUGAACAUAGCUGUUGCCUCAGAGUGUGUGGAUGUGAAUGUAACGCCAGACAAACGACAGAUUUUCCUUCAGGAGGAGAAACUCCUGCUGGCUAUUCUAAAGACCUCUCUCAUCCACAUGUAUGAGCUUGGAGUCAAUAAGAUCAGCCUGAACUAUACACCAAUACUCAAUACAGCAUCUGCAUCUGAACUGUGUCAGGUCCUCCAGUCCGAUGAGAAUAUGCAGAAGCAUGGAGAGGACAGGGAACCAGUGAUUCAGAGCCCAAAGUCAUCUCUGAACCUGGCUGGCUUAAAAGCUGCUUUUUCAUGUCACCACAGUUCCAGUUCUGGGAACAAGUCAAACACAGCAAAAACUGCCAACACUGUCCCCACACAGAAAACACUGCAGUCUUUUUUUAAGGGUUCGGUAAAAUUUUCCACAUGCAACCCAGGUGUAAAAUCUCCUCUGAAACAAACAAUAGAGCUUGUGCAGUGCUCCCCAGUGGGAAAAGGAAAGUCAGUGCUAGAUGGGUUCAGAUAUGGAAAGGCGUCAUGCAGUGAUACAGACAACAAAAAAGACUGUGUUGCCAGCAGUUGGGACUUGACUACAGCAGCUCCAAUUAGUCAUUGUUCUGGCCCAGAGCUCAGUUCUUAUGAACCAGUGAUUAACACACCCAGUGUAAAAAAUGAAACAUUUGAAGAAAUAUUAGACAGUAGCCACAUUGUUCCUGAGGGCUUAGAGUUACAGACUAUGCCAUCCACUUCCAGGGUGGAUGAUACCAUGAGCCCUAAUGCCAAGAGGGCCAGAAAAGAGAAAGUGUGCUUACAGAGGAGGACAGUGUCUCUCCAGUUCUCUCUACAAGAGCUUGUAGGGAAGAUGAGGAGGUUACAGGACCAGCAGAAACAGAAGGCCGAUGAGAAGCUACACUGCAGACGCUUCAGGGCCAAGAUCAGUCCUGGAGAAAACCAAAGUGCAGAGGAAGAGCUCAAAAAGGAGAUCAGUAAGGACAUGUUCAAAGAGAUGGAGAUCAUCGGUCAGUUUAACCUGGGCUUCAUUAUCACCAAACUCACCUCAGACAUCUUCAUAAUUGACCAGCAUGCUACAGAUGAGAAAUACAACUUUGAGAUGCUGCAGCAGCACACUGUGCUCCAAGGACAGAAACUCAUAGUCCCUCAGAAACUUCAUCUCACUGCAGUCAGUGAGAACGUGCUCCUAGAGAACAUUGAGAUCUUCAGAAAGAACGGCUUUGAAUUUCUGAUUGAUGAGGACGCUCAGGUGAUGGAGAGAGUUAAGCUGGUAUCAUUGCCCACCAGUAAGAACUGGACAUUUGGUCCAGCUGACAUUGAGGAGCUGAUCUUCAUGUUGAGUGACAGCCCUGGGGUCAUGUGCCGACCAUCCAGAGUCAGGCAGAUGUUCGCCUCAAGAGCUUGUCGAAAAUCUGUGAUGAUUGGCACUGCACUAAGUGUCAGUGAGAUGAAGAAGCUGGUGGUUCACAUGGGAGAAAUUGAGCAUCCAUGGAACUGUCCUCAUGGAAGGCCCACCAUGAGGCACCUCGCCAACUUGGACAUCAUCUCAUAAGACUGAGCAUGUCAGAGAAAAACUGUCUGCAUGGAAUUAUGCUUUCAUUCUAGUUUAUGCCAGACAUCACUUAAACAUCACCUUUGGUGAAGCACUGAUACACUGGAGUGCAGGCUGUCGAUAAUGUGCAGUUUUAUGCCUCAGAGGCCUGGUAUGACUGUUUAGCGUGUUUUUCUAAAUAUCUGUUAAAAUAUGUUCUGAUUUUAUUUGUAUUUUGCAUCAGAAAAUAAACUUUUUUAGCACCUAAUUUAUGGUGAAA